ACAGCCGAGAAAAAGGGAAGAAAGAAAUAAGGCAAGCAAUGCUAUCUUCUGACAAUACCUCAUUCUGUUUGAGAGCGCAGCAGGAUGAAUUUAAUCUUCACAAGAUUCUUGGCAUACUUUUACUUCGGAUUCCAAGUCAUUCUACAGUUCUUCAUCGACCCUUGUCACCUCCAUCCUCAGCCGUGCCACAUUCUGGCGCAGAUAGGACACACCGUGCGCCUUGGCGCCCUUCUGCCCACACGACAACCGUCCAGGGUGCAGGCUGCCCUGAACCGCGCCCUCGCUGGUCUCGCUCAGACUGGGGACAACUUUCUACCUUACAAUCUAAGCCUGGAAGUGGUUCCCCGAGAGCCCGCCAACGGAGACCCGGAGUCCCUUUUCAGGUGUGUUUGUCAGGCUAUCGUUGUUCAGGGGGUCUCAGCUGUGCUCGCCUUCCCCCAGACCCAGGAAGAGAUCGUACAAGUGGAAUUUAUGGCUUCUUUUUUGGAAAUCCCUUUUAUAAGCAUCAUUGAACACGGAGAACCUCUGAAAACACAGAAUCGCUUCCACCUUCAGAUGUCCACACGGAUCCCCUCGUCGGGCUUGUCCGAGCUGCUGCUGACGGUGCUGGAGCGGAGCGGCUGGCAGGAGGGCAUGGCCGUGCUAUGCCAGGGCUGGGAAGAGGCCGGCCUGCUGGACCUGCUGGACCUCCAGAGCCGCAUGGGUUGGGGCGCCACACGCUGGCACCUCCGUGCCCUCCUCAACCUCACGCGGGCCGGCCCCGCGGAGUCCCAAAUAUACAACUUCCUGUCCGAGAACUUCCGGGGCCAGGGGCCGAGUCAGGUCCCGCCUCCGGCCGCCGUGCUGCUGUUCGGGGCGGACCCGGAGUGCGUGGCGGCCGUGCUGCAGAGCGCCCAGGUCCUGGGGCUCACGCUGCCCACAAUGCACUGGGUGAUGGGCUACCCGCUGAGUCCUGACGCCCUCCAGUCCAUCGGCCUGCCCCUGGGGCUGCUGGCCUAUGGCGAGGUGGAGCGCAAGCCGCUGGACUUCUACAUCCAGGACGCGCUGCAGUUGGUCGGGCGGGCGGUAGCGGCGGCAACGAUUGUGCGUCCAGACCUGGCACUCAUCCAGAACAUGGUGAACUGCUACGACAAGCCCAACAAGCACGAGGUUCCCUCAUCUGGACAGUAUCUCGCCAGAUUCCUGUGGAACACGUCGUUCUCAGGGCUGACGGGCCCGGUGUCGGUGCAGAGGAACCUGUCCCGGGUCCUCACCUCUCAGCGCUUCCACAUCUGGAGCCUCCGCAGGGACGCGGUGGGCCAGCCCACCUGGGUGACGGUGGGUACCUGGGAGGGCGGCCGCCUGGAGGUGGAGGACCAGGGCCUGUGGCAGUUACCCAACAAAAGGGGUCACGGCCGGGGUGAGGGCCGCGGCGGAGGCCAGUGGCGGGCCGGCAUGCCGGUGGCAGGCAGCCGGGUGCGAGUGGUCACCCUGGUGGAGCACCCCUUCGUGUUCACGCGAGAGGUGGACGAGGAUGGGAACUGCCCGGCUGGACAGUACUGUCUGGAUGCGGGGACCAACAGCUCAGAAAUGCUGGAGCGCUACUUCAGCGAACGCGCCGCCGGGAAUUCAACCUUCCUGCCCAUGGACUAUGGCAAGUGUUGCUACGGUUACUGCAUCGACCUGCUGGAGAAACUGGCCGAGGACCUGCGCUUCGAGUUCGACCUGUACAUCGUGGGCGAUGGGAAGUACGGCGCGUCGAAGAGCGGCCGCUGGACGGGGCUGGUGGGCGACCUGCUCAACGGCGUGGCCGACAUGGCCGUCACCUCGUUCAGCAUCAACUCGGUGCGCAGCCGCGUCAUCGACUUCACCUCGCCCUUCUUCUCCACCUCGCUCGGCAUCCUGGUGCGCAGCAAGGACACGGCCGCCCCCAUCGGCGCCUUCAUGUGGCCCCUGCACUGGUCCAUGUGGGUGGGCAUCUUCGUGGCGCUGCACAUCACCGCUCUGUUCCUCACGCUGUACGAGUGGAAGAGCCCGUUUGGCAUGACGCCGCACGGACGCAACCGCCUGCGUGUCUUCUCCUACUCGUCCGCGCUCAACCUGUGCUACGCCAUCCUGUUCGGCCGCACGGUCUCCAGCAAGACGCCCAAGUGCUGGACGGGUCGGUUCCUGAUGAACCUGUGGGCCAUCUUCUGCCUGCUGGUGCUGUCCAGCUACACGGCCAACCUGGCUGCCGUAAUGGUGGGCGAGAAGACCUUUGAGGAGCUCUCUGGGAUCCACGACGCCAAGCUCCACCACCCGUCCCACGGUUUCAGGUUCGGAACGGUGAGGGAGAGCAGUGCCGAGGAGUACAUGAAGAAGAGCUUCCCGGAGAUGCAUGAGUACAUGAGGCGCUACAAUGAGCCCACCACCCCCGAUGGAGUGUCCACCCUCAAGGUAGAUCCCCCUCAGCUUGAUGCCUUCAUCAUGGACAAGGCUCUGCUGGACUACGAGGUUUCCAUCGAUGCGGACUGCAAGCUGCUCACUGUGGGAAAGCCCUUUGCCAUCGAAGGUUACGGAAUUGGCCUGCCACAGAACUCCCCUCUGACCAGCAACGUGUCCGAGUUCAUCAGCCGCUACAAGUCAGACGGCUUCAUGGACAUGCUGCACGACAAAUGGUACAAGGUGGUGCCGUGCGGCAAGAGGGUGUUCGCUGUCACUGAGACUCUGCAGAUGGGCAUCCGUCACUUCUCAGGGCUGUUUGUGCUGCUGUGCGUGGGCGUGGCCACAUCCCUGCUCACCUUGGCUGGAGAGCAUGCCUUCUACCACAUGGUGCUCCCGCGCAUACGCCGGCGGCAGAAGUUCAAGUACUGGCUUCACACCAGCCAGAAAAUCCACCGAGCCCUGAACCAGACAUAUGAGGAUGUGAAGAAGAAGCAGAGCGCCAACACAGAGAAAAGCUGCAACAUCCAGAAGGACCAGCCGCCCCUUGACCCCCCUCCCCCUGGGGCCUCGGCCAAGUGGAACAAUGAGAACAGCAGGGACGCCGCCGCCGCCGCCGCCAAGGACAACAAGCGAGUCCACUUCAACCUGGAGACCCUCAACAGCCGCCGGCUCUUGGCCCGGGCCGUGGCCGAGUCCGAAGGGGGAAGAGGGGCGGCUGGAGGCGAGGCCACCCCUGGAGCAAACCAGGGCAGGCGUGUGUGCGCAAACGGCGGCUUCGGGACUUCAUUUGCCAACCUGGUGCUCUCCCUCCCCUCUUCCUCCUCGCCCGCCCCCUCUUCCUCCUCGCCCUCAGGCGUCUCUUCCAGGCCGGAGGAGCUGCUGGAGCUGCAGGACAGAAUCAACCUGAUCCGGGAUCAGCUGAGAUCCGCCCUGGCCAGGAGGGCAGAACUGCAGACUUCUCUGGCCAAAGACAAGGCCGCAUGCUCCGCCUCCAGCGCGACGGGACCGGCCCCGGUGGUCGUGGCAGCUGCAGCCCUCCCCACGUCCGCCAAGACUGCCUCGUCCCUCCCCUCCACCCGCUGCGCCACCACCAUGACAGACCCUGUACUCAAGGCCUUGCCCACAGUCCGCAUCGCCGCUGCCAAACACACCAAUGACAAGAGGUGAUGCACCCUGGAGUUUAGGCAGACCAGUCAGCAGCGAGCUAAGGGUUUAAAGGGGAGGGGUUUAUUGAAAGGUUUGGGUCGGACGUAUUCCCUUGCUGUCAGCCCAAAUGCCGUAGCAUGGCAGCUCUUUCCCGGGACACCGACCUUUUGCUGCUGGGUGAGAUGGAAGAGCUUCCAGGGCACUGGGAAUUCCUUCUGAUCCGCAGACAGCUGGUGAAGUGUGUGCGCGUGGGCUACCUCAGACCUAGUAUAUGUAUCGUGUCAACAAGUGGGCUGGAGGUACCAGCACGCUCCCAUGACAGAGACUCACCGGCUCAACACUCGUUCUGGGAACUGAACCACUGAAUUUCCAGUGCUCUCUCCUCCUCUCUGCCACAAAACCCAAAAUGGCUGCCACCCAUUCCCACAUUUUGUUUUCGGUCACUAUUGGUUUCAGUGUUGGCAACCUGAGACGAUGAUCUGUGCUUUGUUUAAGUUCAGACAGACAGACAGUGCAGAGGAUGUAUUCAAACCAGGACUCAUGCUUUUAUGAUUUUUCUCUUUGGUUGAUUUUGAGAUCCAAGUCGAUAUUGUUCCCCAGGCUUGAUUGACAUGUUUUUCAAGAAUAAAGUCUAAUGGAAGUGUAGGUUGUGAUAAAGAUAAAAGUUUGAGUCCUUGUCAAGUGUUUCUUGAG